CCUGUCAUUCUUGGGACAUCCACACCCACUCUUAUUUUCCUCUCUAGCUUCUGCCUAUGAGAGAAAACACAGGACAUUUAACUUCCUGAGUUUGACUUAUUUCCCUUAACAUACUUGUGUCUAGUUCCAUCCGUUUUCCUGCAAAUGACAGAGUUUCAUUUUUCUUUCUAACUAAAACCCCCCUGUGUAAAGAUACCACAUUUUCUUUGUGCAGUCAUCUGUUGAUGGACACCAAGGCUGGUUCCAUAGUUUAGCUAUUGUGAAUUGUGCUGCCAUAAACAUGGGUAUGCCUGUGUCACCAUAGUACAAUUACUUAAUUCUUCUGCAACCAGGAACCAAGUUCAUGUUGAAACAUGCUGGGAGGACCGGGAAUUCCCAAGCCUGCAUCUCAGUGGAAUUGAUGUCCAUUGAAGAUGUAAGCAUAAGUUUCACCCAAGAAGUGUGGGCCAUGCUGGACCAAUCUCAGAAAAUGCUACACCAGUCAGUGAUGCUGGAAAUCAUUAAUCAUCUAGUAUCAGUUGGGUAUCUGCUCUGCAAAUCAGAUGUGACUUUGUAUCUGGAGGAAGGAAAAAUCCUGUGGAUGGGAGAAGGGACAGGAUUUCUCCCAAGCCAGAGUCCAGAAAUCUCAUGUUAAAGAGGAUUCCUUGGAAUGGAGAAAAGCAAGGAACCCCUGGGACAACAAACACUGUGCAUGAUCCCUUGCUAACAAUUUGUAUCUUGGUGAAAACAAGAAAAAUGAUCGUGUCUCAUGUGAAGGGCAAGAAUGUUUGAAAGGACAUAGGAAUUGUUUAUGACCUAGAAAAUGCAACAAGAACGACCCUGGAGAGAUACAAUAUGAAUGUCGUCUAUGCAGCAAAUCCUUUAAUCAAACUUCUGAUCUAAGCAGACUCAAUGAAACUAGAACAGGGGAAAAGAAGCAUGAAUGUGGUUUUUCUGAGAAAGUCUUCAAUUACUGCUCUCAGCUUAGACAACAUGAGAGAACCCAAACCGGUGAGAAACAAAAUGAAUGCCACAUGUGUGGGAAAGCCUUCAGGAAGACUUACAACCUUAAAAUGCAUAAGAAAGUCCAUGCUGGAGAGAAACCAUACAGAUGCCAUCCAUGUGGGAAAGCUUUUUGUAAAUUAUACAGCCUUCAAAUGCAUGAUAAAAUCCACACAGGAGAGAAACCAUACAAAUGCCAGGUGGGUGGGAAAGCCUUCAGCAAAUCAGUUCACCUUAGUCAUCAUCAGACAAUCCACACAGGAGAAAAACCAUACCAGUGUCAAUUAUGUGAGAAAUCCUUUGGUCAAACAUGCUACCUUAAACUUCAUCAGAGAACAAACACUGGAGAGAAACCCUAUCAAUGCCACCUGUGUGGGAAAUCCUUCAGUCAAUCUUGUUACCUUAAACCACAUCAGAGAAUCCACACUGGUGAGAAACCAUAUGAAUGCCAUGUAUGUGGGAAAGCCUUCAGUCUAUCAUCUAGCCUUAGACACCAUGAGAAAACACAUAUUGGAGACAAACAAUACAAAUGUCACCUAUGUGGAAAAGCUUUCAGUAUAUGCUCUGGCCUGAGACAACAUGAGAAAACACAUACUGGAGAGAAACCAUACAAAUGCCCUGUGCGUGGGAAAGCCUUCAGUCAAUCAUCUGGCCUCAGAGUUCAUGAGAGAACACACACCGGAGAAAAAUAACAUGCAUGCCACUGUGUGGCAUACUCCUUGGCCAUAACCCUAGUAUUGAAAAAUGAAACAUGACUUGCCUUGGAGAAUAGCCACUGGAAUGUCACCUGUGUGGAAAGGCCUCUCUUUAAGACUCUAACCUUAGAAAAUAUGAGCCAUAUCAAUGAAGAGAAACCUCAUGAGUGACAUCUAUGUGGGAAAGGCUUCAGUCAAUCUUACUACCUUAGACUGCAUGAGAAAAUCAAUCAUAGGAAUGUCAGCUGUUUGAGAUGUAUGUCCUGCCAAUGUUCUGCAUGUAGGAACCCAUGCUGGAGACAAACUUCAGUUCUUGUAGCAUAUAUUCUAACCUGAUAUUACAAGAUAUAAUGACUAAAUUUUUUUCUUAUAGUUCACAUAUUUUUUCUCCUACUCAUAUUUUUUCAUACUACCAAAUUUGAAAAUUAUCUGAUUGUUAACCUACCUUCUUUCUGAUAUAAUACUUUAAGUUAUAAAUGUUUUUCUGAAUGCUCUUUGUCACAGAGAUUUGAUAUAUGAAGCCUUCUUUAUCACUUUGUUCAAAGCACUGUUUAUUUACUUCUUGUGUGCCUUCUUCCUUGACCUGUGAAGUACGUAUAGGUGUGCCAUUUCAUGUUGAAGGACCUGGUUUGUGGUGAUGGGGUUCUAUAGAUCUUAAGGUGAUUGAUUUCUAAUAUAAUCAGUCAUGCAUUAAACACAGUCUGCAUGAUUUUAAAUGUUUUAAAAGGCAAUGGAAAUGCUUAAAAUUUAAAACAUAAGAUUGAAUUAGUUACAUACAUGUCAAAACUGAUCAAAUUGCAUGCUUCCAAUAUAUGCAUUUUAUUGUUCUUCAACUACUUCAAUAAAAUCAUGAAAAAAAUGUGAAGAAA